AUGGCAACGGUAGAGAUUAUACGUCUGAAAGUUAAAGGCUCGAGCAAACUCUCACCCCUCUCUCUCUCCCCUUCUCUCUCCCCUUCUCUCUAUCUUCAUCUUCCUUUCCUCUCUCUCUUCCUCUCACUCUCUCUCUCUCUCUCUCUCUUUCUGUGCGUGCUCCCCAAGAAAAUCCUAUAUGGCGAGCUGGCCAUUGGGACCAGACCACGAGGAGCACCCAAAAUGCGCUACAAGGACCAACUAAAGCGCACCCUGACACUUACCAACAUCAGCUCGUCCAAGUGGGAAGAAACUGCCAGGGACCGAAUGACGUGGAGGAGAUCAAUACGCGAUGGCAUCGCGGACUUCGAGGAAAGGAGGAGGGAGAAUGAAGAGGCAAGGCGACGAAGGAGAAGAGAGCGCUGUGAACGACCCUCCCCUCCCCUGUGUGUACUGUCCGCGAUUAUUCCACCACCGACUGGGCCUCGCAAGUCAUUCAAGAUAAAGUUUCGGCAAUUCUCUCUUUCUCUCUCUAUCUAUCUAUCUAUCUAUCUAUCUAUCUAUCUAUCUAUCUAUCUGUUCUUUGUCAAGUUUAAGUCGUUGUCUUUUUCUUAA